GGGCCGCGCACGGGGCCAGGAUUGGAAGACCCGCCGGGUGCCCCCUCCUGGCCCCAGGCGGCGCGGCGCGGCAGGGCUGUGGGAGACUGCGCGUGCGCGCUGGGCGGCCGGUUCCGGAGACGACGUCCCCAGCCGCCUCCCGUCUCCCGCGACAGCAUGAAGACCGCCGAGGACGCCAGAGGAGUGCAUGGCGAGGGGCCGCGGAAGCUAGGCCUCUGCCUCCUCUGCGGCCUGCCCGCGGCAGGAAAAUCGACCUUCGCGCGGGCCCUAAGCCCCCGGUUACGGCAGGAGCGGGGCUGGGCCGUCGGCGUGGUCGCCUAUGAUGACGUCAUGCCGGACGCGUUCCUCGAGGAGGCGAGCGCGCGGCCGUUGGUGAGUACGGAGGGGGCGGGGCCUAGCCUGUGGUCGCAGAAGGACAUAGAGGGGUUCCACCUAAGUGCUGGACUGCCCCUUGUGUGGGAGCCAUCCCAAUGGAAGUUGCUUCGACAGGAACUGUUGAAGUACCUAGAAUACUUCUUGUUGGCUGUCAUUAACGGGUGUCAGAUGUCUACCCCACCCAACAGGACUGAAGCCAUGUGGGAGGAUUUUAUAACCUGCUUAAAGGAUCAAGAUCUGAUAUCUUCUGCUGCACCGGAGGCCCGGUCUUGCUAUCUCUUAACGAAGACUGCUGUUUCUAGACCUUUGUUUUUGAUUUUAGAUGACAACUUUUAUUAUCAAAGUAUGAGAUACGAAGUCUACCAACUGGCUCGGAAAUAUUCAUUAGGCUUUUGCCAGCUUUUUUUAGAUUGUUCUCUGGAGACCUGUUUACAGAGGAAUGGCCAGAGACCCCAGGCGCUGCCUGCCGAGACCAUCCACCUGAUGGGAAGAAAGCUGGAAAAGCCCAACCCCGAGAAAAAUGCUUGGGAACACAACAGCCUCACAAUUGAGAGUUCAGAAUGUUCUUCUGAAGCCAGCCUGAAGUUGACCGAUUUAUUGCUUACUGCUUUGGAAAAUCCAGUAAAAUAUAUUGAGGACAAUGUGGAACAAAAGGAAGCAGACAGAAUCAUUUGUUCAACCAACCUUCUUCAUCAAGCCGAUCAGAUGCUCCGAAGGAUUGUCUCUCAGACGAUGAAGGAAGCAAAAGAGAGAGACAGAGCAUGAGCUGGGGAGGGGGAGAGAGAGGGAGACACAGAAUCCGAAGCAGGCUCCAGGCUCUGAGCUGUCAGCACAGAGCCCAACGCGGGGCUCGAACUCACAAACCGUGAGAUCAUGACCUGAGCUGAAGUCGGAUGCUCAACCGACUGAGCCGCCCAGGCACCCAGGAGAGCUUCUUUUAAAGGGUAAUCAGGAAGGCUUCUCAGAGGUGAUAUUUAAGCAGAGAUAUGAAUAACGGAAAGAGUCAGCAUGCAGAUAUCUGGAGAUAGAUCAUUCCACGCAGUGGACACAGGUGCAGAAACCCCGAGGUGAAGUUAUUUGGUAGGUCUUAGAGCAGAAAAGAGGCCACUGAAUCGGGUGAAAUAAGGAAUGGGGAGAGGUGGUCGGGGGCCACAUGUCCAGUCAGCAAGCUCAGUGGAUGGUCAGUCUGAACUUAGAUGGCAUGUGUGGUCGUUUUAUAAAAGAACUCCUUUAGGGGUGCCUGGGUGGCUCGGUUGGUUAAGCGUCCAACUCUUGAUUUUGGCUCGGGUCAUGAUCUCAUGAUUCAUGGGAUCAAGACGCGUGUCAGGCUCUGUGAUGACGGUGCAAAGCCUGCUUGGGAUUCUCUUUCCCUCUCUCUCUGUCCUUCCCCUCUCUCGUUCUCUGUGUCUCAAAAUAAAUAAAUAUUAAAAAAAAUUACUCCUUUCGCUUUUAAAUAUUGAACUCUACACUAUAUUUAAAAUCUGACUUAAAAACUAAUAGCCUACCGUUUCUUUAGCUUUUACAUGCUAAGUGCCUUAUACAUACUGUUUCCAGUCUUGACAGCCUCAUGAGGUAGGUGUAAUUUUAUAAAUGGGGAAAUGAAGGUUCUGAGAGGAUCAAGUAACUUACCCAAGGCUGAACAGCUACUAGAUACGUGGACAACCUGGGUUCAGAGUCAAGUCUGACUCUAGUUUAUGUUUUCUGUUACGCUCCCUGCAUCAUCGGCAUCUAUUAUUAACAC